AACACAUUCAGGAGCAACGCAGCAUCGACGUGGGGAAAUACUCAACGGGAAGCAGGAACUAAAUGAAAAGAAGCCACUAUCAUGCGUUUGCUUCUGCGCUCUUCGCUAUGGUACACAUCGGCAUUUCUUGGUUCGCAUACUGCCUUUAAAAGUGAGCUUGUCACACAAGCAAUUACCUCAUAUCUGAUAAAAACGAUGCAUUAUCAAACCGAAGAGCGAGGACGACCGAACUCCUCUGACUACAGGAUAUAUUUUAAAACCUCUGACGGGAAAUACAUCUCUCCCUUUCAUGAUAUUCCACUUAUCGCCGAUGGAGAUCAGGAAAAUGAUGUGCCAUCUAAAAAACUGAAGAAGAAUGACAAUGAGGUUCUGUAUAACAUGGUUGUGGAGGUGCCUCGAUGGUCAAAUGCCAAAAUGGAGAUUGCAACCAAGGAACCACUGAACCCAAUCAAGCAGGAUAUGAAGAAGGGCAAACUCCGAUACGUGGCCAACGUGUUUCCUCAUAAAGGUUACAUCUGGAACUACGGGGCGCUGCCACAGACAUGGGAAGACCCGAACCACACGGACAAGGACACCAAGUGCUGCGGUGACAACGACCCCAUAGACGUCUGCGAAAUCGGCACGCUGGUGUGUUCCCCAGGUCAGGUAAUCCAGGUGAAAGUGCUAGGGGUUCUGGCCAUGAUCGACGAGGGAGAGACGGACUGGAAGCUAAUAGCCAUCAACGCUGAUGACCCAGAGGCCCCCAGCCUUAACAGUAUCGAGGAUGUCCGUAAGAGCAGAUCGGGUCAUUUGGAGGCCACGGUCGACUGGUUUAAAAAAUACAAGGUGCCAGACGGCAAGCCCGAAAACCAGUUUGCGUUCAAUGGACAGUUCAAAGACAAGGACUUUGCUAUGGAGGUCAUUAAGUCCACUCACGAGCACUGGAGGGCACUGGUGCGGAAGCAGACUAAUGGUGGCGAGAUAGAUUGUAAAAACGUCUCUGUCUGCGAGAGCCCUUUCAAAUUCACUGGGGAGGACGCCUGCAAUGUGGUCAAAUCGGCUCCUGCUGGUGGCGAGGCACUUCCUGUACCUCCAGAAGUGGACAAGUGGCAUUUCCUUUCCAAGUGAUUCUGGACUGAAGUCCUGCGACGUAAAAAGCUGAGAACUUUUGUCCAAUGUUCAGAUGAAGCACUUCAAGUACUGUAUUUUUUUCUAUUGUUACUGCAAAUGUUUUAGUAUUCAGCUGAUUUGGUUAUUCCCAUCUAAAUUUGUAAAUGAUUAUAUCAUGUUUUAUUGCAUUAUGUUUGAGACUGAUGUUCUUGUACAGACAGACAGGCCUAUUGUAUUUUAUUUAAAAGUGCCAAAGUGCAUUUCAGUAAUGGGUUGUAUGCUAUUGAAAUUAGAAAACAUUCUUUGAUAUUCAUAAUUUCAUACGUAGAAUGUAUGCACACAUGACUGUAAGUCGCUUUGGAUAAAAGCGUCUGCUAAAUGGCAUAUAUUAUAAUUUCUCAAUUCGAAAACUACAUUUGCACAGUUUUCUUUGUAAGGUAUCCAAAGGUUCGAUCCACCUUCUUUUGAUAAAUAAAAGCAUCCAGGUGCGAGACGCCUUCGAUUGA